GGUUCAAGUUGUAGAAUAGAAAAUGGGAUGCACUGACUCCAUUGAAGCUCUCCAUUGACUUUCUUCAUUUUCUCUCUCUCUUUGAAAAUUCUUCUUUUUAAGCAAUUGGUAGAGAAGUCGAAGUUGUGGGGGCGGCGGUCAACCAAAUACAGUGGAAACCAAGGAUGUCGGCAAGGUCACAGAAUUCUUUUGACAGAGAGGCACUGCCAGAUUUGAUCGACUGAGACGUCCAGAAGAAGCAAUAUACCUCCAUUCAAGAUCCCCACAAAUCAACUGUAUUUCUUUAUUCAAAAUCAACGGAGAUUUGGACUUUGUGUUCAUUCCCCUGUUUCUUUCGGUUCUUCAACUUAUUCUCUCCGCAUUUGAUGGUGGCAUUCUCUGGUAAUUAGAGCUGAACAUCGCUUGGGUUGAUUUUAGGUUUUGGCUUGAAUCUCUGUUCUGUUUGGUUUCUGGGGUGGUCUUAAUUAUGGAGAUUGCAAGAUUCAGCGUUGUAAGCUGCUUGGUGGUGAUUUCGUUGUUGGCAAGUGGGGAUUGCAACCUGGUGUUCCAGGUUGAGCACAAGUUCAAGGGCCGUGAGAAGUCAUUGAGUGCGUUCAGAGUCCACGAUUUGCACCGUCGCGGCAGAUUUCUCUCUACCUCUCCUAUCGAUCUCCAAUUGGGUGGCAGCGGCAACCCUUCUGAAUCUGGGCUGUACUUUGCUAAAAUUGGGCUUGGGACGCCUGCAAAGGACUAUUAUGUACAAGUGGAUACAGGAAGUGACCUUUUAUGGGUGAAUUGUGCAGGCUGUACAAACUGUCCAAGGAAGAGUGAUCUUGGUAUAGAACUGACUCUAUACAAUCCAUCGAGCUCCAGUACUUCAAACAUCGUUACAUGUAAUCAAGAUUUUUGCACUUCCACAUACGAUGGUCCAAUUCCUGGUUGCAGGCCCGAUCUACUCUGUGAAUAUAAAGUUGCAUAUGGAGAUGGAAGCUCAACUGCUGGAUAUUUUGUAAAGGAUCAUGUAUUACUUGACCGAGUGACAGGAAAUUUUCAAACUGCAUCUACAAAUGGGAGUAUAAUAUUUGGUUGUGGCGCUCAACAGUCUGGCCAAUUAGGUGCAACAUCUGCUGCGCUUGAUGGGAUACUUGGUUUUGGACAAGCAAAUUCAUCCAUGAUCUCACAGCUGGCUUCAUCAGGAAAAGUUAAAAGGAUUUUUGCACACUGCUUAGAUAAUAUUAAUGGAGGUGGAAUUUUUGCCAUUGGGGAGGUGGUCCAGCCAAAAGUCAGCACUACUUCAUUGGUGAAGCAACAGGCACAUUACAAUGUGGUUAUGAAGGCAAUUGAGGUUGGCAGUGACGUGCUGAAUCUACCCACAGAUGUUUUUGAGACUGAUUUUAGGAAAGGAACAAUUAUUGACAGUGGAACAACAUUGGCUUAUUUUCCAGACGUGAUUUAUGAUCCAUUGAUUACCAAGAUUUUUGCAAGGCAGAGUGGACUGAAGUUGCAUACUGUUGAAGAACAGUUCACCUGCUUUCUAUAUCAUGGAAAUGUUGACGAUGGAUUUCCAACUGUUACAUUCCAUUUUGAAGAUUCACUAUCUUUGAUAGUUUAUCCCCAUGAGUAUCUAUUCGAUAUUGCGAAUGGUAAAUGGUGCGUCGGUUGGCAGAACAGUGGUUCCCAGUCUAGGGAUGGAAAGGACAUGAUUCUGUUGGGAGAUUUGGUGCUUCAAAAUAGGCUAGUUCUGUACGAUCUGGAAAACCAGGCCAUCGGUUGGACAGAGUAUAACUGCUCUUCAAGCAUCAAGGUGAGGGAUGAAAGCAGUGGAGCCACAUAUUCAGUUGGUCCUCAUAAUCUUUCUUCAGCUUCUGCUAUGAGAAUUGGAAGAAUUUCAAUUCUCUUUCUAAUACUUCUGCUAACCAUGCUUCAUUCUUUCAGAAAUUAGAGUGUUUCCCAAAGUGACAUCAAUUUUACCAUGUUGUAUAAUAAUUAUUUCAAUGUAAAUAUGCUCUGCCCACAUGAUUCUUUUUUCAUUAUUGAAUUGGUUCUUUGUGAUCCAUUGACAAUACUGAAUAUAUAGAUAUUUUUUUGGGCUGAGUGAAA